UAACGGGAAGGACGGCUGAGCUGGUCGUUGAGGAAGGAGCUGCCCCGCUGCAGGAUGCCCCGUCGUGUGUCCGGUACCGAGGCUCCGGAGGCCCGGGUCCAGGUGUGAUGGCCACCCCUGCAGCUCGGUGGCUGCCGUCCGUGCUGCUGGUCGCCCUGUCAGGCUGCUGUGCUGCAGGUCCCCCUGCUCCUCCCUCUCACCUUCAGUGCUAUCGACAGUGUCAUGAGACACACUGUUUAGGAGGCAUACAGUGUAUCUGGGAUCCAGAGCCAGAUCCUAAAAUCCCCACUAACUACAGCCUGCACUGGGAGCCAGCCAGUAGCGAGGAUGGGCAUGCCACCAGUGGGACCAGUCAAAGUGGCUUUAUUGGUCGUAAAGACUUUAGCCAUGGAGAACUUCGUGUUUGGGUCCAGGCCAGGAACCAGUAUGGUUCUGCCAAAUCUGAGGAGAUUGUCUUCAACACAGAAGAUAUCAUCAAGCCGCUCCCUCCAAAGUUCUCAUCAAGUUAUCAGGAGCCAUUAGAGAUUCACUGGAAUACCACCUGUGCUCAGCUGGCAAUCGGGACCUGUGAAGUGCGACAUCGGACUGAAGAGGACCGAGACUGGCCCGGGCAUGAGAGUGGGCUACAUGGUGUCUAUACGUUCCUGGACCCCCAGCCUGGCACCGUCUAUGAAUUUCAAGUCCGUUGUGCCUGUAUGACAGGCCUCACGAGUGACUGGAGUACAAUCCUUAGAAUUAAAAGUGCAGAGUCAGCCCCGGUUGGAGAGGUGGACGUAUGGAGGGACUGUGGGAUGUCCACCACAAGUCAGGACUGCUUCCUGACAUGGAAGAAUCUUUCAAACUCUCAGGCACGUGGGCUCAUCCUGGGAUAUGAAGUCAGAAUUGUUUACAAUAAUGGCACCUCGUCGCUGAUGAAUAUGUCCACAGCUGAACCAAGCAGCCACCUCGUGUAUGAUGACAUGAAAUGGUGCCUGGACUCCCCUCUCAAGGAUUUAUUAUCAGCCAGCGUAUCAGCCUACAAUGCUCUUGGUGCCACAGUGCCUUCUUAUCUAGCUAUGCCAAGAAGAGCAGGUAAAGAACCAAAUGAUCAACCGAUGUACCUCCAGAUGAACCAAGACAACCUCACCGUGUCCUGGGAUGGGCCGGCUCAGCUCUCGGACAAGCUGAAGGAAUAUGUGGUGCAAUACAAAGAAGCAGGGUGUCCUCCUGGCCAAGGCUUUGACUGGAUCAAAGUGAACAAAAGCCAGACAACAGCAUUUUUUAAAGGUCAAUUCAAGAAGUCCACACAGUACCAAGUGUCCUUAUUGGCCGUCUCUAGCAGCCACCAGGUCCAUCAGCUGGCAUCAGUGGCCGGAUAUUCUUCUCAAACAACUCCCUCUGCAGUGCCUUUAUUUGAGGUGUCUUCUAUCGGAGCCACUGAUGUGACUUUGUCCUGGGAGCCUGUUCCCAUCUCCAAGCAGAACGGGCUGAUCUUGUACUACCAAAUAGGACUCAACACACAAGAAGUGUACAACGUAAGUGCAUCCCCACAGCAGAAAAAGAUGAGUUUUAAUGUGGAGCACCUCCGUCCAGGCCAGAGUUAUGUGGUGUGGAUCAAAGCUGUGACUGCUGCAGGGCCUGGAGAAAAUGUCACAACAGACUUCAAAACAAACUCCAGCCAAGAUGCAGACCUUCUGUCCAUCGUGUUAAAAGUUGUUUUGCCUGUGAUAUUCUUGAUAUUCUUUCUUCUUGCUGUUGUGCUCUGGUUUUGUCGGAGAGGAAACAAAGUGUGCCCACUGAUGUCUCGAUGUCUCUAUGAGAAAGUGCCAGAUCCUGGCAACAGCCACAUCUUCAGACAGCUGAAGCACCAGAUUAAUGAGCCCUUGGACUGGAUCUGCAUUCCACAUGAGCCACAACCCAAGAUCUCUGUGUUGGAAGUUGUGGAAAAGAAGUCCCAGGCCUCCGACAGUGAUGGAUUAACCAAGCCAGUGGUGGGAGAUGGGUGCUCACAGAUGAACUGCCAAAAUGAUCAGAAGGAGGAUGCUGUUACAGACGAGUGUGACAGGACAGACCGCAGAUAUGGCAGAGAGGAGUACAGCAAAAUGGUUGACUCUGAUGAGGAGAAGGAUGGUUGCUGGAGCUCCUUAGAGGAAGAGAACAUUUCGUCAGGCUAUGAAAAACACUUUAUGCCCACUGCUCAGGAAAUACUUUAAGUCUGAAGUUGUCUCCAUAUCACAUCAUGGACAUUCCUCUCAGAUGUUUGUUGUCUUUUUUAUUGUGCAGAAAAUGUUCAAUGUGUGUUUAGAUGGGAAGCUUCUGGAGCUUCUCUCUGAAGGACGCUGUAGGACGCACUGAGGUCGCUGGAAAGAUUCAUCUGCUCAGGCUGCUGACAGUCUCCCUCUUUCUGUUGUGGCUUCAGACUUCUGCAUUUGUUUGUUGUGGCAUUUGGUCUGCCUACAUUCCAGCUGAGUUGGAUCCCCAUUUGGUGCAAACUCUCAGUUUUUGUUCCUUUUCCUGUUUCAGUUUAAGUCUGCCCAUGGGCAGUUCCUCAUUUUGGUCUCACGUUGACUCUGAUUGUGACAAUAUAAACCAAGAGUAUUAUUUUAGGAAAAAACAGAUACUGGAUGUGCAAUAAAUUCUAAUUGUUUUAUCAUCCACACAUUAAUCCAGACAGGAGACCCGAGUAGUGUUCAGUAUAGAAGAGCAAUACCGUUAAAUGCUGACUUAUCUGUGACAAUAACGGUCAACUGAUAAACUGGUCUGGCUGUAGUAUACAGAGUAAACAUAUACAUGAUCAUAUAUAUGAUCGUCUCAGGAAAUAAUGUUAACCUGUGGACAAUGCUGGAAGUAUUUUAUAUUUUGAAAGUAAAUAGGAUUUCCAUUCAAGUUCCGUGUCAUUUAGUUACACUGAAUGAAUGUCAAAGGAUCAGCCAUAACCUAAUUUAAUGUGGAUGCCAACUAAAAUCAAUCCCUGGACAUUUAUUCCGGUUUUAUAUUAGCGUUAUUAACUCCCAGAUAAGCUCUAUAAAUCAGAAAAUCUACAACCUACCGGUGGAUUUUAAAACCCCAAAGCUGUAAAUUGUUUUGUAAACACUGAAUGUAAAUGUCAUGAUACCAGGUGCUCAACAUGCAUUUUUUUUAUUAUUAUUAUUUUUUUUACAGUUUUGCACCUAAAGUUAUAUUUUUUUCAGUAAAAUAUGUAUUGGAUAUUUGUCCACUUGACAUAUGAGAUUAAAUAAAUGCACAGUGACAACACA